AUGGGUGUGAUUCUCAGCUACAUCUGGAAGACUGAUGAAGAGGAGCAGGAGGCAGAGCUGGAGGAGGAUGGUCCAUGGAGCCUGCAGGAGCUGAGGAGGAAAUUCCGCCAAACACCAGCCGGGCUGAUCGAACUGAACCUACAAAACUGCGGCCUUGCGUCGCUUCCCUCUGCAGUCUUCAGACUGCAGGAGGUUCAGAUCCUGAACCUAUCCUGGAACAAAUUAACCCAUUUAGGGGCAGGUAUAUGCGCUCUUAGGCAGCUACAGGUCUUAUAUGUUGAACACAACCAACUAAGCUCUUUACCAGCUGAGCUAGCAGACUGCCCGGACCUUGCUGAGCUGCACGCUGGAUGGAACAGCCUGUCAUGUCUGCCUGCCAAGUUCAGGAGAACGACCAGCUUGAAGGUGCUCAGUCUGUACAGCAACGACUUUAGGUCCCUUCCAGACUCUGUGCCUCUCAUGACAAACUUGGAAUAUGCAGACUUUGAACACAACAGUCUUAAAGGACUGCCCAUGUCAAUGUCAAGAAGCAAGGUCAAUGUCCUUAAACUUGGCAUGAACCAGUUUCAGCAUGUUCCCCCUGUACUCGUGUCAAUGCCUUUAUUGGAAAAGCUCGACAUGUCGAGUAGCCAGGUCUCUUCUCUUCCUGACAUCAUAGGCGACAUGCCACAUGUGAAAUCCCUGAAUUUUGCCCGUAACUGUAUCAAAGACCUUCCCCCAACGAUCUGUGAGCUUUCUUCCAUUGAGGAGCUGAACUUUCUCCAGAACAAAAUCGCAAAGUUACCCCCGGGCAUAAGUCACCUGACCAAACUACGGUCCAUAAACUUUGAAGGAAACACCUUGUCAACCUUUCCGUCAGAAGUGUGCGCCAUCUCUUCCUUGGAAGAUGUUAACUUCAACAAUAACCACAUAGAGUUUCUCUCCGUACAUAUCAGCAACCUAAAACGUCUCACGGCGCUGCGUCUCUCUAACAACAGAAUCCCGUCCCUACCCAACUCUAUCUGCGAGCUGGUGGAACUGGAGACUCUGACCCUCAUGGGUAACAAGCUGACAGAACUGCCGCUGAUGUUCGACUCUUUACGGAACCUCCAACACCGAAGCAUCGACAGCGGACUGGACCUGUUCAACAACGAGAUGCAGAUGCCGCCGCGGCAUGUCUGCGACAGCGGCGUGGAGUCGGUGUUCCAGUACCUGCGGGAAAUUCGACGGACAAAACCUGUCGAAGUCAGCAGGCGUAAAAUCUUAGUCUUCGGGGAAUCGGGAGCUGGCAAGACGAGCAUGAUCCACGCCAUGCUGCAUGGGAAGUCGAAACUGGCCCUGCCUGACGAGCAAACUCACGUCUUGGAGCAGCACACGUGGACGGUAGAAGGGGAGAGGUUCCAAGUCAAUGACUUCGGUGGGCAGCAGAUGUACCACGUCACCAAUCAGCUGUUCUUCACUAGGAACGCCGUGAACGUGUUGGUGUUCGAUAUCCACAGGUACAGCGCGUCACGGUAUGACCGGGACGUCGGGAACUGGGUACAGGCGGUGACGGCUCAGGUACCGGACGCGGUCCUGCUGCUCGUGGGGACACACAGCGACCUGUGUUCCGCCGCAGAUGUCCAGCAGAGAAGGGCUGAAAUCCUGGCAACGAUGCAACAACGGGAGAAUGCCGUCGUCGAGGACAUAAAUGAAGAGCUCUUCAAGAUGAAGGAAGCGUUAAAUGGUGAGAGGCAUGGACUUUUCGCUGGUCAUAACAGGUUUGCAGGCAUGAGUACAGAGGAACGUACCGAAUGCCAUACUCUCCUGCAGCAGAGGCUGACAUCCCGACCGGUCCUGCCACAGGACAUGAUCGUUGUGAGCUCCGCUGAUAGUUUAGAUGGCAUCCCGCUGCUGGUACAUACCCUCCUGCAGUUCACACAGAAUCCGCAGCUCUUCCCGAAGACGGUGGUGCCCGAGUCCUGGGCAGACCUGGAGAGGCAGCUCACGGAGUCCAGAAACGGUCCCGAACAUUUCCUGACUUACGAGCAGGUUGUGACAAUGGCGGGAGAUGUUGGGCUGACCGAGGAAAGGCUCAUCCCAGCCCUUAGAUACUUACAUCUCAUUGGAGAAAUCUUGUGGUACGAAGACAACUUGAUGUUGAAGGAGUACGUCUUUCACAAACCUUCCGACCUGAUUGACAUUUUCAAGGCAAUCUUUCGCCACGACAUCGAAGAUUUCCUGACAUACGGAAACGACGUCUUCAGGAGAGUCGGACACAUGACCAAACAGCAGUUCCGACUGGUAAAAUCCCGCUUUUUAAAAGGAGGGCAGAUGUCUGUGGGUCUCCUGAGGUGCUUCCUGUCGAACGUGUGCGCGGACCAUCAGAGUCUGUCCGUUGUGGUGAAUCUGCUGAAGAAGUUUGAGCUGUGUUACCAGCUGCCAGACUCCGAGGCCGCCCCGGGGCUGACGGGCCCGUCCGCGCUACUAUUCCUGCCGUGCUGA